AUGACUUCAACUCACAGCAUGGGAGUGACUCGACUAACAGCUCUUCUAUUUGCACUUCUCUUUGCUAGUACCGCAUCCGCGCUUUGGGGGCUAUCAUAUUAUAUCUCUUCGCACCAGCAACCACUAGCCCUUGAACACAAAGAGCACGAAUCCAUGAUGGAUAAGCUCAUGCCCGACAUCCUCAAACCGCAAACAACGGCACCGGUGGAGGAUUUGAGCUCGAAGUUUAGUGUAGACGGUCCUAUCAUCUCAGAUGUACUUCCCAAGACCAAGGGCAUCAAUAUCUUUGCCCGGUUAACCCGGGACUUCGAACCCAUCGCCUCUCGUCUCAACGAUGCCUCGAAGAAUAUAACGGUGCUGGCGCCUCGCAAUAGUGCAAUCCAGGCUCUUCCACGGAAACCUUGGGAGAAUCCAGAGGAUUACAGGAAAUUUGGUGAAGUAAACGCAUAUGAAGGUCAAGAUGGCCAAGAUCGGGCAAAGCGGAACCUACAGCGGUUCGUGGAGGCUCAUUUGGUUGCUGCUAGCCCUUGGAGGGCUGGGGAAGAGGUCGAGACACUUGCAGGGGAGAAGCUGAAGUGGACCAAGGACGGGGAUAAAAUAUUUAUCCAACCGGGCAAUAUUGAAGUUGAUUCCGUUGCAGAGAAGGUCUCAAACGGAGAAGUCUGGAUCUUGAACGAUGUUAUCAAUUACCGUCGAGAGUGA